AUGACGCCCAGUCCCGAUGAAGCACUUCACUUUCGCGGAAAGACUCUGACUCCGGAAAGCCCUCGACCGCUGCAUAUUCCGGAGCCAGCCAACAUCCCAGUCCUGGAGUACCAAAUGGACCCCAUCUUCAACGAUACUUCCACAUACGAACCGGUGCAUAAGGAAACACAUGGAUGGUCGCACGGAGGAUUAGAUGGUCAGGGAGCACCAUGUCACCCAGGUAGUUCUCAUGCCUCGCAAAAUGCGCAAAAUGGAACUUUUUCUGCGCCAUACCACCCCAAUCCACCCUCGGUGUCCGAAACUGCUGCUCCUCUAGCCUCCUUCUCUCCCCCCGAGCCCUCUUACUCCGCCGCUCCGGGGGAUCCGGCAUCCCAGGGCCUGGUCUCCGCGAGCGAAGUAGACCACGCUCGCAAUACGGACAGGAUGUCGGAUCAACUAAAUUCAGAGCAGGAUGCGGGGCCUCAGACGGGCGGAGUCGAUUUCCAAAACCUGCUCGACAACCUCUCUCACCCGGGCCCCGGUGCGACCAUGCCCGGGCCCGCGACAGCUGAAGCCUCGUCCUUCCAUCAAGCACCAGUGGACGAAUCCUUCCAAUCCCAGGGUGUCCCUACCCAUCACACCCACCAUGCCCAGGCCCAGUCUAUCCCAUCCCAUAACACCCAAGACAACGGCACAUAUCAACAUCCGUCCACCCAUAACGUCAAUUUCCCAGCCUAUACAUCUCCCAGUAACCCCCAAACGCAGAGCCAGCCCCAAUCCCAGCUAUAUCCUUCAGCUGGAACCGCGCCAGCUGGCAAUCCGAUCCCGCCCACGUCGGGUGUCCAGACCCCAUCCACCGGCCCUGAAUCCCAGAGCUCCCAGGAGCCCUUGUUGGCACUCAAGAAAGGCCGUGUCGAUAAGCAGGGCCGACCGAUCAAGGGAAUCGACGAUGAUUCACCUUGGGGUCCUGAGGUCCAGAAGAAAUACGAUGAAUUUUUACACGAUGAGCGGAUCUAUGUCACCGAAGGCCUCUGGGAUCGAUUCCCAAUGGGCUCCAGGUUAUUUGUCGGUAAUCUUCCUACCGAAAGAGUGACCAAGAGAGACAUGUUUCACAUUUUCCACAAAUACGGAAAACUUGCCCAGAUCUCGAUCAAGCAAGCUUAUGGAUUCAUCCAGUUUUUGGAAGCGGGCUCAUGCCAUGCGGCUCUGGGGGUUGAACAGGGCGCUAUAAUCUGGAAAUCUCAAAACCUCAGCGAUCAACGCGUCCCGCACCAGCACCAGAACCUUCCCGUGCACCCCCGCCACGUCGCUCACGGUCGCCAGAGUUCAGCCGGGCCGGUCCUGCAAGGCCCAGCACUCGAGCCCCUGGCGAUCGCUACGACCGUGCCAAACCUUAUGAACCAAGUCGCUUGCCGUUUAGCGAUUUCCGCGAAGAAGCUUCCCAUCGCAGCAGGCGCGAUGAUUAUCGGCCGCCUCGAUCACCUUCCCCGCGACCUUUCCGGGGAAGCAGAGAUGGAUAUCGGUCGCGCGAUAGAACCCCCGAAAGAUUCGAUCGCCGCGAGCGAAGGCGUUCUCGCUCGCCCCGUUCACCUCGGUCCCCACGCUCCCCAUACUCGAGAGAUAGGCGCUACCGCACCGUCAGCCCAAGGCCCCGUGGUGUUUAUGAAGGCGAGGCAGAUUUGCCUGUGCCGCGACGAGUCCCGCGCGAUGUUCCAGAGGUGCAACUUCUUGUCUUGGAAGAAUUGGACAGGUUCGUUGCAUCAACCUUGUGGACAUUCUUGGAUCAAGCUGCUAACAUUUCACAGGAACUUUGUUCUUCACGUAGAAAAUGCUUUUCGCAAUCGUGGGUUACGGGUGGAUGUGCUUGUACUCGGCCCUCGGAUACCCCUCGGUGCAGCAGUUCAUCGCCAGUUCAUCGAGGGUGUUCUUGCAGUGGUCCGCCUGUCGCGCCCCAAUCAAGUUUCCCGAAAGGUGCCUCUGCAGCUGUUCGAUCGGACCGCUGGACUCGACAACGUCCGUUUUCUCGACUAUCCCGAGCUCGAGCCCAACUUGUCCGCUGAGCUCUUGAGCCACCAGGCUCAGGCCAUGCAGCGAGGUGCUGCACCGACUGCCUUUGCGCCAAACCCUGCAUUUGGCGUCCCUCCAGUGGCGCCUCUCCCCAUUCCCCAGCCCGGCUUGCCCACCCUCUCGAAUCCUCCCAACAUCGCAAAUCUCAUUGGCUCUUUGGACGGUCCUAGCCUUUCGUCUCUUCUAUCGGCACUUCAACGCCCUCCCCACUCACAACCCGUUUCUGCCACCCAAUCACCCUUCUCCUCACCCAAUCCACCUCCAGCGGACCUGGCCAGUCUUCUAUCCAAUGCACACCGGCCUCCCCCCAUGCCGAACACCCAACAACCCCCUCUCCCAGGUCCACCAUUCGCUCUUCAACCUCCAAACGCACCCGUCGUCACCGAUCCGAACCUGCUCUCGCUCCUGGCUAAAGGCCUAAGUGGCCACCAACAACAACAGGGUCAACCGCCCACGGGUCCUCAGGUCCAAAACCUGAUGAACCACCUUGCGAGAUGGAAGCAAUGA